AUGGAUCGUGCACAAAUCCGCGAAGCAUUCAUGCGCCAACAAAUCGAAGCCAUCCAAAAAGCGAUCAAUAAAAUCGAGGCUCCUCUAAAACCCAAACAUUCUCGUACAAUUAUCGUCGGAACUCACAAAGAGAAAUCAUCGGGUAUUUUCUGGCAUACAAUUGGUCGUGUUCAACUCGAAAAACAUCCAGUUUUGACGUGGAAAUUCUGUCAUAUGGUUCAUAAAUUGUUGAGAGAUGGAUAUCGAAAAGUUCCGGAAGAAACUUAUAAAUUUGCGGGACGGUUUCAACAAUUGGCACAGUUUUGGAAACAUUUGAAUACGAGUGGAUAUGGACCGUGUAUUGAGACUUAUUGUAAAUUACUACAGGAUCGUGUUGUUUUUCAUAAUAAGGUUAGGGAAUUUGGGCCGGAAUUUAGUGGUUUUACUAAAAAUUUACUAAUUCUGACUGAGAAUGCUCAAAUUUUGAUGGUUUUUCUUGUAUUUUCAUCAAAAAUUUCAAAUGAAAUUAUAUUUUUUUCUUGAAAAAAAAUUAUUAUUUUCAAAUCCAAACGUGACCUUUUUUUAAAUUGAAUUGUUUUUAUUUUUUAUUCUAUUUUCAGUUUUCAAAAAUUCAGUCUCCCAAGCCUCAUCCUAAUUAAUUACAGUACCCAGUUGUGCCGGGAAAAUUGGAGCUCAACGAAUCGCAACUCAAAACAUUAGAAGGAGAUUUGGACAAUUUAUUUGAGAUGACAAUUGAUAUGUUGGAUCAAAUGGAGAAUUUGAUGACUUUGCAGGAUAAAGGUGUGUUUAUUUUUUAGGGGAAAUUGAGGGAAAAUUUCGGGAUUUUUGGAGUGAAAUUCCAACAAAAAAAUCUGAAAUGCAGAAAAUGUUGGGUUCGCCUAAAAAUAAGCACAAAAUUUGGAUGUUGAAUGUUUUUUAUGUUAAAGAAAUUCAGAAUUUUCCCCCCAGAAUCAAUUUCUCUUCCAAAAAUCCCUUUAUAUUUUCCAGUCUUCGAAAUGCUUCAUUUUCUUCGCUGGAAUUCAAUGGUUCCACAAGGUCAAUGUAUGUUAGCCCCUCUUAUUCUCAUAAUUCUCGACGCCUCGAAAUUCUACGAUUAUCUCGUCAAAAUGAUCUUCAAAUUGCACAGCCAAGUUCCACCGGAUGCUUUAGAAGGUCAUAGAUCAAGAUUCUAUGAAAUCUUCAGAAGAACUAAGAAAUUCUUGGAAGAAGCUGGAAAUAUGCAAUAUUUUAAAUUUCUCGUAUCAAUUCCGAAUUUGCCAUCAAGUCCUCCCAAUUUCUUACAACAAAGUGAUUUGGAAAGCUACCGUACUCCUCACGCUUAUUUGAGAUCUGAAGGUUCGGAUGAACAAGAAGGCGAAUUGUUGAAUUUGGAAGAUGAGGUGCCGGUUCAACAACAGCCGAGUCCGGUUCAGCAAAUUGAUCAAAGGUGGGGAGAUUUUGCGGUAAAAAUUAAGCUAAAAAUGGGAAAUAUUGUUGUCAACUCUUGAAAUUUCACUUUUUGUCUGAAAAUUGUGUUUUUUUCAAGAAAACUGACCUUAAAAUUGUGCCAAAAUGUCUGAAAUCCAUUUUCAUUUAGAUGUGACUACGAAUGCUGUUUAAAAAUCUGAAAUUCUCUUUAAAAUUUUCAAAACGCGUGGAAAAUAAAAAAAUCAAAGACUUUUCUGUUUCAAAAAUCACCCCAAAAUUUUACUGUUUCAAGAUUUCAUUUUCAAAGAAAAAAAUGUUUUUUUUUUCAAUAUUAUGGGAUCCGAUUCAAUAUUUCUUGUUUUAAUUAUAAAGUUUCAAAAUUCCGCCUUUUUCCAGAGAAGAACAAUUAAUUGCACUUCAAAGAGCUGUCGAAGAUGAACGAUUUGCAAAAGAAAGAUUAAUUCAAGAAGCGAGAAGUCGAAUUGAACAAUAUGAGAAUCGAUUGAUACAAAUGCAAGGAGAAUUUGAUCAUUCGAAACGAGAAAAUGAAGAGAAUAAAGAAGAAUUGACAAGAUUGAAAAGUUGGUUGUUUUUUUGGGGGAAGUUAUGGGACAUACAUCAGUUUCUCCCGGUCAGGGCCUCAAAAUUAGCCACCCCCGUAAUGUGAAAAUUCAAAAAUUAGCCAGACCCCCUCAAAAAAAAGAGAAAAAACUUGGUUUUUGGGCUGUAAAUUGUUAUUUUUUCAAAAAGUUAGCCGGUCCCCACGCCUUUUUUCCAAAAUUAGCCAGACCCCCUCCGGACGAAAAUCCGGGGAUACUGAUGUAUGUUAUGGGAUAUUGAGAUGAUUACAAGCACUCAUAAUUCCAAAAAUAUCCACAAAAAAUAUGUGGAAUUUUUGAAACAGUGAAUUUUUUGAGAAGAUCUUGUAAUUUUACUAGUAUAAAAUGUUUUUUUUUUUUUGAAAAAACACAGAAAUGUUAUUAUUCGAGAAAUUCAAAUUUUUGAAACAGUGAAUUUCCGAGGUUUUUCUGAAUUUCAAAAAAAGUUUUACUUUUGAAAAUUUGAGAAAAUUGAAAGUUUUGAAACACAAGCUAUUCCGUCGUUUAUUGAUUUCUAAAAUAUUCACAAAAAAUAUGUGGGAUUUUUCAAACAGUGAAUUUAUUUGAAAUAAUCAAAUUUCAAUUUUUGCGCCCCAAAGUUGAAUAAAAAUCGCAAUUCUCUAGUAUUUUCAUUUUUCACAGAGGAAAUCAUUCAGUUUUACAAAAACUCGACAAAACUAUACUCACGAUUUUUGAAACAGUGGAUUUUUUUCAAAAAAAUAAAAAUGAAAUUUCGAAAUUAAUUCAUUCUUAUUGUUAAAAAGCGCAAAUUUUAUACUGUUUCAAGAAUAUUUAAAAACUUCAAUCAUAUUUUUCUUCAGACGAACUUGCUCUUCGCGAUGCAUCUCGAAUUCAAAGCGACGAUUCGCGUGUCAAAGAAGCCGAGUUAAAAGCGAAUUCAGCCGAAGAACGAUUCUUGAAAAUGAAAGGAGUCUACGAAAAAUUCCGAAGCGAACACGUUCAAGCACUCACCAAAUUAGCCAAUCUUCAAAAAAGAUCUCGAAACGAGCGAAAAAUUGAAACUCGACAAAGAAGCCGAAUUAUUGGCACAAAAUCGAAAAUUGGAAGAAUCGCAGAGGGAAAUGGCACGAGUUUUGGCACAAGGCGAAGAGAAUUCGGGACAAGUUGAUGAAAUGAGAACACAAUUGGCAAAAUCUGAUGUGGAAUUGGAGGAUUUGAGAAGAAGUUUGGAGCAUUUGAGAGAGCAAAAUGAACGACAAUUGGUGCAAAAUGGAGAAAAUGUGGAAAAGGAGAGAUUUGCGGUGGAAUUGACAGUUUCUAGUGAGUUUUUUGGGGGAAGGCAAAUUUAUGAUAACUUUUGCAUGAUUUUUUCAAUGAAAAACUAGCCAAAAUUCUGAAUUCCUGAUAUUUUCUUUGUUUUUUUCUAAUGGGGUGAUUCAGUCGAAUUAAUCGACGUGAAUUUGUCAAUUAAUUGACAAAAAAUCCGAGUCUUUUACAAGGGAACCUUUUUUACUAAACACUUCAAAUCUUGAUGAAAUUUGGUCCAUGGACAGCUUUUGGGACCAUAAGAUCACCCUAAAAAUUUUAGUCUCCCAAUGGACCUCUGAGCCAAGUUCUGGGCUCUCAAAAGUACAAAAAAGGCCUAAAAAUGGUCAUAAAAGUCAUCAUAGCUCCAUUUCAAAAAUUUUUUGGGAGAAAUGAAGUUUCAGAUAUUGAUCAGCAUAGUCGAUUACCUAAAAGUACAUUAAUAAAAAACUUUAUUUCGAAAAAUUUUGAAGUUUUUUAUUUUUGAGCUGAAAAUUCAUGAAAAUUCAUAUGUGCCCCUGCUCAUUCUUUUUUUCAAAAUCAAAAAUUUUUCUGAAAAUUCGAUUUAUUGAUGCUUUUUGGGUAAAUCGACCACGCUGAUCAUCAUCUGCUACUCAGUUUUUGAUAAAAAUUAUCGAAAAUUGAGUUAUGACGUGUUUUAUGAGCCAAUUUCGGCAAUUUUUGAACUUUUUGAGAGCCCAGAACUUGGCUCAGAGGUCCAUUGGGAGACUAAAAUUUUUAGGGUGUUCUUAUGGUCCCAAAAGCUGUCGAUGGACCAAAUUUCAUCAUGAUUUGAAGUGUUGAGUAAAAAAGGUUUCCUUGUUAGAACACGUUUCGAAAAAAAGGUCAAAUAAAUUCUAUUUCAUGUUGCCAUUCCUCAUUUUUGAAUGCAAUUAAUUGCAAAAAAAUAUGGAAUUAAUCGACAAAAACGUGACAAAAUCACACAAAAAAGACUCGGAUUUUCUGUCAAUUAAUCGUAAAAAAAACGAAUUGAAUCACCCCAUAACAAAAAUCCACUGUUUCAAAAACUCAAUAUAUAUGUUUAUAUUUUUCCGAAGUUGUUCCAACGCCUUGCUGCUACAAAGUUUGUGAAAAAAUAAUUUCAAAAGAAGUUCCUUGUUUUAUUGAUUUUUUUUACAAAAAAAAUUCACCGUUUCAAAAAUACCUGAAAAUUUUUUUGUCAACUUUCUAAAAUAGUUAUUCGUUUCAUAUAUAAUGCACUGCUCCUAAAACUGUGAGGGUAGAUCAUGACAUUUGGAAAAAUUUUUCGAGAGGGGAUCAUUUUGGAAAUUUUGAAUUCACGGCCGAAUCAAAAUUUUGAUUUGGGCGGGUAGCUAAUGAAAAUUUUCAUCGGGAAAAAAUUACACUGUUUCAAAAAUUCGACAUACAUUUUUGUAUAUUUUCCGAAAUUGUUAUGAUCAGAAAAAGUUCUCUGUUUCAACUUUUAUUGAUAAUUUUGCAAAAAAAUUCACUGUUUCAAAAAUACCAUAAAUUUUUUGUGAAGUUUCUAAAGUAGUUUUUUUUCCAAUCAUAAACAAUUUUCACGUAUUUUUAUCAUUUUCAUCAAGCAAACAAUUUUUUUUGAAUAAAAAACCCCAACUAAUGUUUCAAAUUUUGAACUCUGGAACUAUUUUUAGGUUAAAAAUGUUGUGUUUCUGACCAAUUAUUUAAUCAGCGACUAUAUUUUUGAGAAAAGUUUGUAUAAUCAACUUUUUCCAGAAUCUUCUGCUGACGGAAUUGUGAAAAUGUUCGAAAAUUGUGAAGAAGAUUUGCAAAAUGCCACGUCGAUCACUUAUCCGCCACGUGAGUUUUAGCAUUGAUUUUUGGAGCCAACAAUUGUUUUAUUCUUCAGAUCUGGCGCAAUCUGCGAUGUCCAAUGUGCUCGAAUUAUUGAGCUCCGAAAAAUUGGCCAAAAUUCAAUCGAUCAAAGAAAAUGUGACAAGCGGUCACUGUUUGGCACAAAUUCUUUCGGCUUCCGCUUCUGCCGCAUAUACUGCAAAUAUUCAAAAUUAUGAAGAAGUAAAUGAAAAAUGCAAGCAGAUUAUUCAAAUUGCAAAAUUGACAUUUGCGGAAGAGAAUGCGGAAAAAAGAGCGAGAAAUUUGGAGAAUUUGAGAGCGGAUUGUGGGAAAUUGAAUGGAUUAUUGAUUGGUUUGCCGUUGCAGACUGAUAUUGAUAAGGUAAUAUUUUUGGCGGGAAAAUUCUGGGUUUUUUGAGACCAAAUAUGUCUGGGUUACUGUGGAUCUCAGGUCUCGCCACGAAAAUACAGUAAUAUAGGAUUUUUUGACAUCAAAAAUUCCUAGAUUACUGUGGCUUUUGGGUCUCACCCCGAAUUUAUUUAAAAUUACUGAAUUCCCCGGUAUUCCAACGGACCUAUGUUACAGUACCCAGUAUUUUCAAAUUUUUUCGUGGCGAGACCCUAAAAUUACAAUAAUUACAGUAACCCAGUCUUCUUUAAUGUCAAAGUUACCGUUAAACUCCCACAAAAAACCUUACACCUAUCUACAAGCCUAAGCCUAAAUCAAAAAUUAAUUUCAGGACGCUGUUGGCACUGAACUCGAACAAGAAAUGCGUCGAAUGGACGAAGCAAUUCGUCGCGCUGUUCAAGAAAUUGAAAAUAUCCAACGAAAAGCUCGCGAAAAUUCGGAUGGAAUUCGAUUAGAAGUCAAUGAAUCGAUUUUGGCAAAUUGCCAACAAUUAAUGAGUGUAAUUAUGCAAUUAGUAAUUGCCUCAAGAGAAUUACAAACUGAAAUUGUGGCUGCCGGAAAAGCUGGAAAUUCACCAGCUGAAUUUUAUAAGAGAAAUCAUCAAUGGACUGAAGGAUUGUUAUCUGCUGCAAAAGCUGUCGGAGUUGCUGCGCGAGUUUUGGUUGAAAGUGCUGAUGGAGUUGUGACUGGAAAAGGCAAAUUUGAGCAUUUAAUUGUGGCGGCACAAGAAAUUGCUGCAUCAACUGCUCAAUUAUUUGUGUCAAGUCGUGUAAAAGCGGACAAGGAUUCGGCAAAAUUACAAGCUUUAUCGAUUGCGAGUAAAGCGGUGAAUCAAAAUACUGCGCAAGUUGUGGCUGCUGUCAAAAGUGGAAAAACUACGCUAAAUGAUGAGGGUGAGUUGAUUUCUGAUGAAUUUUGAUACUAAAUAUGAUUUGGGUACUGUAGAUUUUGGGUCCAGAUACGAAACGCUUCUCAAUCAUAACAAUUACUAUGGUAUGGUCUCUAAAAACACUAAUUUCUCUGACGAGGGAAGUGUGUUAUGAGUCCCCGGAGAUUUUCAAUGAGACCUAUGUUUUUUAGGUCAGUUUUUCACGCUGAUAAAGCUCCUGUUUUCAGUUUUUGCUGAACGACUCUCUGAAGAGCCCAAAAAUGAGCCAAAAGUUGAGAAUUUCCUGAAAAUCGCGUUUUUGGGAGCCCAUAACUCAUGUUAGAAAUUAUUUUUAUGGGAAACUGAAUGCAUCACGUUGUUCAGGAGGGUCGAUUUACCAAAGUCACAAGUUUUGACAAAAUUUUCCAAAAAUUUUCAAAUGUGCAAUCCAGAGUACCGCAAGAUUUUGUUUUGUUCCGAAACAAGGCGAAACAUGAAACUGAGUUUUCUUGUAAGUGUCACUGAUUUUAAUGAAUUUCGAAACAAAAAUAGCACCACUCAAAAAAAAAUCACAACACUUCACAAAUAAAAAAUGAUCAGAAAAUGAAAAAGAUCGAAUUAGAAAAAUAUUAAAAACGUGACACGGUGUAGGUGUGACGUGUUUUCGAUGCAAAACAUUUUCAAAAAAUGAAAUGCUUCACGUGUUUUCGAUGCAAAACAUUUUCAAAAAAUGAAAUGCUUCACGUGUUUUUUCAUAACACAUUUAAUUUCUCGAAAUGUGUCACACCAAAAAAGAGUGACACAAAAAAAUGUUUCACGUUUUGAAAAAAAUAAUUGUGUCACACAUUAAAAUGUGUCACACAAUUUUUGUAUGACACAUUCAAUUUUUAAAAAUGUUUCAUUGGUUUUCAAUGAAACAAAAAUGAUCAGCUGUUUUGUUUCGCCACAUUUUACCAUUUUCUCUAUUAGAGAAUUUGAUAGAAAAAGCGACCUGGAAGUGAAUUUGAACAUAUUUUGAAAGGAUUAGUUUGUGAAGAUACCAUUUCACUUUUGAGAACUUAUGAAAUAGACCCGAAAAGUCGGACCAAGGCAGAUUUUUUGAAAAAAAAACCUCACCCAAUACCUGAUAUUCCAUAUGGGCAAUUUUUUUCUUCUAAAACCUAACCUUGUAAGUGGGCAAAAAAUUUAAAGGCUUUCAAGGCCAGCCUCAGUCGAGAAAAACAUUUUCACUAGGUGGGUAAUUUUGAAAAAUGAACCCAGGUGGGCAAUUUUUCAGCUACUGCUCCAGGUUCUUGGGUGAGGUUUGUUUUUCCAGAAACCUAAAGUCCUCCACAAAAUUUAGCCUCACCGCCAAAAUUUUCAAAAAUUUGGAAAUUUGAUUCUAUGUGGAAAAUAAGAACACCUAUUUUUCAAAAAAAAAAUCAAGUUUUCAUUUCAGCCUCAUUUUCAUCUGAAAUUUGAAGUAGGGCAAAUUUAUGUAUCACCUUUUGACACAUUUUGGCUAUACCAACUUUUUCAGAAAAAUCAAGUUUCCGAAUUUUUGAAAAUUUUGGCGGUGAGGCUAAUUUUGUGGAGGACUUUAGAUUUCUGGAUAAACUUAUCAAUUUUUUGGCGGUUCCGAAAGGUUUCCUUGUCAGUUUUUUUUCAAAAAAUCUGCCUUGGUCCGACUUUUCGGGUCUAUUUCAUAAGUUCUCAAAAGUGAAAUAGUAUCUUCACAAACUAAUCCUUUCAAAAUAUGUUCAAAUUCACUUCCAGGUCGCUUUUUCUAUCAAAUUCUCUAAUAGAGAAAAUGGUAAAAUGUGGCGAAACAAAACAGCUGAUCAUUUUUGUUUCAUUGAAAACCAAUGAAACAUUUUUAAAAAUUGAAUGUGUCAUACAAAAAUUGUGUGACACAUUUUAAUGUGUGACACAAUUAUUUUUUUCAAAACGUGAAACAUUUUUUUGUGUCACUCUUUUUUGGUUUGACACAUUUCAAAAAUUUAAAUGUGUUAUGAAAAAACACGUGAAGCAUUUCAUUUUUUGAAAAUGUUUUGCAUCGAAAACACGUCACACCUACACCGUGUCACGUUUUUAAUAUUUUUCUAAUUCGAUCUUUUUCAUUUUCUGAUCUUUUUUAAUCAUGACACUCGUUGAAAAAACAAAAAGUGACUCGGAUAGAAUGCGAAAACAUUAAAAUGUCGUAAAAUGUUCUGCUAAAACCAAGUGAAACUGUUUCACAAAAAUGUUUCGUUCCAUGACCUGAGCCUAUUUUUCUGAGCCACAAAAUUUUUUUCUGAAAAAGUAUGGACUUACUAAUCAAAAAUUUGUGACUUCGGUAAAUCGACCCUCCUGAACAACGUGAUGCAUUCAGUUUUCCGUAAAAACAAUUUCUAACAUGAGUUAUGGGCUCCCAAAAACGCGAUUUUCAGGAAAUUCUCAACUUUUGGCUCAUUUUUGGGCUCUUCAGAGAGUCGUUCAGCAAAAACUGAAAACAGGAGCUUUAUCAGCGUGAAAAACUGACCUAAAAAACAUAGGUCUCAUUGAAAAUCUCCGGGGACUCAUAACACACUUCCCUCGUCAGAGGAUUACUGUAGACUCGAAAUCUACAGUAAUCAUCUGAAAUUUUCUGAAAGAUUGUGUUUUAAUUCAGAAUUACUGUAGCUUCUAACCCAAUCCUUGUUUGCUAUCAAAAAAUCGAUAAUCUUUUUUCUCUGUGAAAAAUUUGAGGUUACUGCUUUUCUAUUCGAGACCUUGAGUCUACAGUAACCCAAUCCUUGUUUGGUAUCAAAGAUUUCGAAAUUCCACUGAAAAAUCGAUAAUUUUCUUCAGAUUCGCUCGAUUUCUCCUAUUUAACACUUCACGAAGCGAAAAAAGAGGAAAUGGAAUCGCAAGUUCGAAUGCUGGAAUUGGAACAAGAAUUGAAUAAUGAACGAGCGAAAUUGGCGGCAUUGAGAAAACAACAUUAUCAUAUGGCACAAUUGGUGGCUAAUAAGGUGGGUUUUUUUGGGACUUGGGCUUGAAAAUUUGGAAAAUUUUGAGUCGAAAUGACCUGUUUUCGAAUUUCUGAUAAAAAUCUAGAAAAAAAAACUAAAAUUUAAAUUCAGAAUUAAAACCCCUAUGCAACAAACAAAAAAGUAUGUUUUCUUUUUUUUAAUUUAAAAAUGUUUUUUUCCACGUCACUAAAAUCAUCCCUAAUGUCACCAUUUUUCCUUGUCCAAAAACGCACUUUAACCCAAAUUUUUCUCCACAAAAAUGUCUGAAAAUCGGAUUUUUUCCAGGAAGAAGAAUCUCAAUAG